GCCUCCCCUCUUUUCGCCUCGCUUUCUGUCGUUGUGUUCUUCUCGUGCGUUGCGUCAUCUCCGCCAUCGCCAUCGCCGCUACAAGGCCUGUGCUCCCCUCCCUCUCCCGUGCGUUGGAACACCCAUGAGGAAUGCAAGAGAUGAUACCAUGAAGAUGGGUAUUGUGGACAAUUAUCUUUGUGCAAUUUGUGAUGACGGCGGUUUCUUGAUACGUUGUGAUGGUGAAUGUGGAAGGCUGUUCCAUCCAAACAGUUCCCAUGGUCAACAUUCUAGUUGCAGAGGUCUUGAACUGAAGGAUGACCAAUUGAAAUCGAAAUCGUUCAACUUUAUAUGCAAGAACUGUGAGUAUAAGAAGCACCAAUGCUUUGUCUGUGGGGAGUUGGGAUCCUCCGAGAUGCCUCCAGGUUCGCCAGAGGAGGUCCUUAAGUGUCAGAAGAAGUAUUGUGGGCGCUUUUACCAUCCUAAAUGCCUUUCGAAGUACGAUCCUACUAAAAAUCGCCAGGACUUCGAAUGCCCUUUGCAUGAAUGUCAUUCAUGCAAGAAUAAGGGAGAAACAGUAAUAACUAGCGAACAGACAGAAAAGAAGAAGGAAACAUACCUGGUACAAUGCAGGCGUUGUCCAGUGGCAUACCACCGGAAGUGCCUGCCAAGGGAUAUCUCCAAUGUUGCCGACGGUGAAGUCGCACGAACAUUCAAGAUUGGGAUGCCAAAAGGCCCAAGACGAGCUCCUUCAAAAAAAAGAGGCCCAAGACGUUGGUUUUUCUAUUGUAGGAAGCAUGAGAUGGUGGGAGAACUCAACAGCGCAACACGGGAUCAUCUGAAAAUUCCUGAAAGCCCUGUUGUGUUCAUGUCUGAUCUGAAUGAGAAACUUCCUGAAGAAACUGAAGCACCUGAGCCUAACGCGAGUACCAGCACUGCUCCCAUGGAGUCCUCUGCAUCUCGGCCUUCACUCCCAUGUCAGCAGCCAGAAGGCUACGGUGGCUGGCUGGAUGACUGAUCCUUCAUUACCUCCCCGUGUUCGUGUUCUGGAGAACGGUGCGCGGUUCUGUGUCGAUGAGAAUUCUCAGAAUAAUGAAAACUGCUGAAGUGUUUGGCACCAUAACUGGUAACGUUGUUUGCUGUCUGCUGCGUCAUCUGCUGAUGUUAGUCAGUGGUGGGUUGUGACUGGUCACCGUAUCAACAAUGAACAAUCUGGAUAUCAUGACAUUGGUUUCUUUGCUUAUAUUUUGUUUAUUUGGACCGAGACUUGAAUUCGUUGUCAGCUUUCAGUAGA